CACCUCACGAACUGACCAGGUUCUGUCUCAACUGAACUGUAUUAUAAUGCUGUCCCCUCUCCCAGAGUCUGAGAAUGUUUUGGUGCACUCGGUUUCGUUGUUUUAAACGUUAAGCUUUCAUGAGCGGUUCAGCAGAAGAUAAUUUACCGAUAUACGAUCUUAUUUCAGUAAAAAUGUCACCUCUUAACAAUUGUUUACAGAGCUCGCUAGCGUCGUAACGUGAACUGUUUCAUGUACAAAGCGCUUCGUAACUAAUAGAAAACGAUUUUAAAACGAGUGUAGGCUGAUAUAUUUCCAAGUGAAAAGCCUAUCCCGAAGACACAGGCAUGGGUUGUUCAUUUAAAGCAAGCUAUGUCAGCACUGUUUCUGACCCCACUGACUGAUGGAGUGGACGGUAUCACUAUGUCUCACAGACUGACCAAGGAGGAGCUGGAUGAGCAGUUUGAGCUGUUCUUGAAGGAGUCUGUUUCAGAUGACUCGGUGGAACUCAGCAGAUCUGACAAGCAGCUCGGUGCUCAAAGCAGCCGGCAGUCAGUCCAGAAACCAACAGUGUCCUGGUGGGAAGAUGAUGAACACAGUCGUAGAACAGGUAGAGCAGAGCUGGCCAAAAGCAGAUUUAUCAAAGCCAGAAAGUCUCAGCCUGAGGACAGCAAUGUUGUCACUGCGGAGCCUUUUUAUAAGCCGGUCCCCAAACCUCGCAGCAAAGCUCCGGAUAACCUGGGUCACUUGGACGUGACGCGCAAAAAUACCGUUUUGGAGGUUUCCCAAACUGUGGAAAGACAGAGAACUUCAUCUGAUGACUGGCACUCUGCCAGUCUUAGUCUCACUCAUGAUGACCAUCAGUGUGUGUCAGGACAAAGGAGCCCUGAUGAGACACGUUCUAAUGAUACUCGACCAGCCAGCACCGAUUCCCAGGGGGACAGUGAAGAUGGACUGCUUGGUUCUGGGAAGACUUUCAGGAAGUCUCUGAGGAAUUCACAGUCUAUUAGGGAGGAGGAGGAGAAGGAUCCAGGAGACGCUGUUUUGGAGGAGGAAGGGCCGGAAGUUGCAGCUACCAUCAAAGACAGCACUGAGACAGAGGACUCAGUGAUGGUACCAGCUGUGAACACUACCAACAUGGGGUUGGACACUCUGGAGGAAGAAGUGGAGAAAGCUAGGUUCUUUGCCCAACUAGAGGCUGGAGCUUCAACAACUAUAGAUUACUCUAAGUUGAACAUGGAGCUGGACUUAUCAAGUUCUACCACUGGUACAAACCUCAGGAAAGCUAAGGAAGCAAUAGAGCAGAGUGAUGAUGAUCAGAGGAAGACCAGAGUCACAGAGACCAUCAGAGAGUCUCCAGCUGUUACAGGGUCACCACAUUACAGUGAGGAUUUCGAGGAAGAGGAGGAUGGAAAAGAGCCACUCCAGAAGUCUAAAAUGUCUCCAAUUCUUGCCAAAGUUUCUCUCUAUGAUUCCCUGGAUGACACUGGUGGAGAUGACAGGAGAAAGGACACGGCAGGAUCACUUGACAGAGGCCAGUCUUAUGUGCAGAGUGGAGGUUCAGAGAUGGAGGCUCUCCAUGAGGCCUACAGACAGAUCCAUGUUGUGGAAGAUUCAGAUGACCAUAAUCACCAUCAUUCAUCUGCAAGAGGGAUCAGCAGCCCUGUGUCCCCAUCCUCCCCUCGUCCACAGGCCAGGCAGUCUCUUCAGCCUGCUUCUACUAAUGAAUCAGAGCUACCCACAGCAGAGGAAUUGAUGAGACCCAUCCGACCAGACAAGGACCACAUUAGAGGCUUCACCCUCCAACCUGUCAGCUCUGUUGAACCUGACCAAGAAAAGGCAUCCCACUUCUUUGAAAGGACUGUCCCAGAUCCAACCCAACCAGGUUCACAACUGAAGCACACAGGAGCAGCUCACCCCACUGCAGGGUUAAAGGGAGAAGAGAGAUUGAGCUCCCCAGACCCUCCCAUCCACAACCUGACAUGGAGCAUCAGACAGGAAGUAGAGAGGCUGAUGCAGGACCAGAACAAGUAUUCAUCUGACUCCUCCUCUCAGGCAAACAAAGCUAAGAAACAACCGGCAUUCCAUGGCUCUAGUAUUUCUCAUCUCCCUACAUCUUCAGCCAGGAAACCCGCUGUGGCUCCUGUUAGAGGCAGGAGAGUGGAGAGGAGUAUAGCACCAACUUCCAAGUCAUCAGGACUCAGCAGAGCUGCCGCUGCAGGCAGAGCUCAGUCUGCUGUGUCCCGUCCUCUGCAGCAUGCACAAGAAAAGGCCAAAGUCACAAAGAGCCGAGGAAAAGAUGAGCACACAGCAGAGCCGGGUGUGAAGGUGAGCAGUGAGCUGGUGGCGUCUGUUCAGUCCCUGGUGGCUGUUCUCCAGCAGCAGAUCGACACCAGCAGUCACCAGGAUGCUACACACACUCUGGAAGCCAGACAGGCGCAUUCUCUUCCACAGGACAAUGCCCAACAUACACAGACAUGCACCCUCCACUCUCAGGUGGAGGAGCUGAGAGUCCAGCUGGCUCAGAAAGAGAGGGAGCUGCAGGUGAUGAAGGAAGGAGCAGAGGAGCUGAACUCACUCAGGCAACAAAACUACCUACUGCAAAGCAAGCUGCGAAGCGCAGAUGAAGCCGGUCAGAAGAAGAGCUGGGCUGAUGCCUCUGACUCCGCUGUAGUGGAGAAGCUCCAGCAGAUGGAGAAAGACAGAGUAGAGCAGGAGAUGCUCAUAAAAGGUUACCAACAGGAGAAUGAGAAGCUGUAUUUGCAGAUGAAGGCUCAGCAGGUCAGGAGUAAAGCCAACGAGGAAGCCAUGUUCAGUGAAAACCAGAGGCUUCUGAAUGAGCUGGCUUUGUCUAGGGAGCAACUACAUAAAACUUCUAGGGCUGUGGGAAGUGUCUGCUCAAUGGAUCACACUCAACGCAUUACAGACCUGUUAGCUCAAUUAAAUACAUUUCAGAGGCAUGAGGACAAGCUGUCUGAGGACAUCCGCAGACUGAAACAAGAAAAGCAAUCGCUGGAGGUCGAUCUGCAGCUGACGAAGAAAGAGAGAGACCUAGCUAAAGCUCAGGCCAUAUCUGCCUCAGGUGACAAGACUUUUGAGAUGCAUGUCCUAGAGGACAGGCACAGAGAGGAAGUAGUCGCCCUGAAGAAGAAGUUGCAGUGGUUUGCUGAGAACCAGGAGCUUCUGGACAGAGAUGCUGGCAGACUGAAGGCCGCUACAGCUGAGAUACAACAACUCAAAGAGCAGGUAGAAAAACUGAAAAUGGAUGUUGGCAAAAGAAGCGGUGAGCAGCAGAGAAAGGCCAGAGAGAAAUCAGUGGACAUCAAGAGGAUGCAGGACCUGGAGCGACAGGUCAAGGAGCUGGAGCAGAUACUAAGACGUAGAAACCCAAACUCCCUGCCUGCUCUGAUCUACGCUGCAGCCACAGCGGGUAGUCAUGAGGAUGAGGCAACCAGGACAUCCCCACCCAGCAGGAUCAGUGCCCUGCUGGAGCGCAGGAUCCAGCGCCUGGAGGCUGAGUUGGAGAGUCAUGAUGAGGAGGCCAAGCGCAGCCUGCGGGCCAUGGAACAACAGUUCCACAGGGUCAAGCUACGCUAUGAACAGCAGAUCUCAGAGCUUGAGCAGCAGUUGGAAGCAGCAAACUCAGCAGUGGGGACUGAGUCAAGGCAGUCGCAGGUUCAAACACUGAAAGAAGAGCUGCAGCAUGUGAAGGAAACCCACAAGGAGAGAGAACAAUCCUUGCAGGACCAGAUUGAGUCUCUACAGCAGCAGCUCAAACAAAAGACCCAUCCCAGUCCAGCCAGGCACCAGCGUCAAGCCGAGGAAGCGGUCGGUGUCCGGAUAGAGCGGCUGAACCAAGAGCUCAGCGCAAAGACACAAAGCAUUCGGGAGCUGAGCCGCACCGUGGAGAGACUGCAGAAGGAGAGGAGGAGCAUGCUGUGUGUCCCCAGCACACGAGCACAGACCCGAUCCACAGAGACCAAGCAGCAGGCCGGACCUGUCAGAACACUCUGCUCUGCUGCUGCAGCAGAGACAUGUGGAGUGAAGGAGACAUUUCCAGCUGCUCAGUAUGAGAAGACCUACCAGCCCACCGUGUUCACAGGGAGUCAUAUCUCAGAGGUCCAGCAGGAGAACGAGGCUCUGAGGCAGCAGCUGGAGCUGCUGGAACUGCAGAGUAAGCAGGACAAGGAGGCAUUAAAGGUUGAUGCAACACAAGCCAGGGAGGAGCUGAGCAGGAUACAGGAGCACUGUGCAGAGCAGCUGUCCUCGAUGAAGGCAGAACACCUCAGGGUGUUAGAGCAGCUGCGAGCUAGCCAUGCCCUGGAGCACUCAGCCUCAAGAGUGGCUGAACUGGCCAAUAAGCUCAACACUCAGGAGCUAACAGUGAAACAUCUACAAGAGCAGCUGAGAGAGCUGCAGGGAGUUAGAGAUGCACUGGCAAUAUCCAGGACCCGAGAGGACGCUCUGCAGACGCAGCUGACCAGACUGCUGAAGGAUCUGAAGGAGUCUAAAGAAGCUCAAAGCCCAGAGGUGAAACUUCUGUGUAGCCUGGAGAGGAAGAUCCUCAACAUGGAGCUCAGACACCAGCACAGAGAGAAGGAGCUGCAGCAGGUGAUUGGUGGGUCGUGGCAGACUUUAGAUGCCGAUCAGCAGUCAGAGGUGGAGCACUGGAAGCAUCUGGCACGGGACAAGAGCAGAGAGCUGGAGGCUUUCCGUCUGGAGCUGGACUCCAUCCUGAACAUCCUGAGACAUCUCCAGAGACAGGGGGUGGUCCUCCCAGCCACAGCCCCCACCACACACAUAAAGUGAUGCACAGACAAUGUCUGACCCAUGAGUGUCAGUGACAGCUCAUGCUGAUCAUGGGGGACUGAAGCCAAAGGUACACAACAGAAGCAAUAAUCAAUAUGUUGGUGUUCAGUUUAUUAGUUCAGGUAAAGGGAUAUUAGCCAUACCCUACAUGUCAUGUCAGACAUGCUUCCUGGUCCAAACCAGCCAUAGAUAACAUUGAGUUGUGGUCUCUGUAAAGUCUGUUGACAAAAAAAAUGUCUUUUUAUACAAACUGUGUGUGUUAAUUUUUGUGUGUUAUUUUCUAUUUUGUAUGUGAAUUAUUGUAACUUAUUACAUGUGUUGUGAAUAAAUGUUUAUUUCACUUUAAACUGUUA